UGCUGGGAACCACUGGGGCAGAUACAAAAUCAUCAGGUGGGUGGAGCAUGAAAGGGGGCUGGGUUAACAUUUCAAGACAAGGAGCGAACAUGUUUGAUUGACAGGUGGGGGGACAAACUUUUGUAGGGCCUCUAUAAAAGUCGAAUCAGGGCUCAGCAGCAACACGUAAAAAUCUGAAGAAAGCUUUAUCCUCUCAUCUGAUCACAACACUGUCCUGAAAAUGUCUGACUUUGACACUGUUCUGACGAGCUGGGGCAGCAUGGAAGCCAACUAUGCUGCCAUUGGAGGAGAAGUUCUGGGCCGUCUGUUCGUGGAGCACCCUGAAACCCAGAAACUCUUCCCUAAGUUUGCUGGGAUCUCCGCUGCUGAUGCGGCUGGAAAUCCGGCGGUCAAGGCACAUGGAGAAACCGUCCUGAAAAAACUGGGCGAGCUCAUCAAGGCAAAAGGAAACCAUGCCGACAUCCUCAAACCACUAGCUACAUCCCAUGCCAACAUACACAAGAUCACCAUUACCAACUUCAAGCUGAUCAGCGAAAUCAUCAUUAAGGUGAUGGCAGAGAAGGGCCUGCUGAACAGCGGCGGGCAGGACGCCAUGAGAAGGGUGUUGGCUGCCGUCAUCAACGACAUAGACGUCUACUACAAGGAGCUCGGCUUCGCCGGCUAGAUGAACUUCGAACCCUUGAGUUCCUAAUGUCGCCGGGGCCAAGUAAAUGGGUGUUUAUUUAGCCAGUGGGAGUAGAGUGUAAUCAAGUCACUUCUAAUAAUUACUUUUUCUGUAAGCAUUGUUGUAAACUGCAUAGUAGCGAGCAGCAGCUGUGGAGCGCAGGACGAAAUCAACACCCCACCUCGAAAAAGAGCCCGACAAAAGAGAGGACGCUGAAACGGGCAGAAAUGAAACAACAAGGUGAAAGAAAUUACUGAAUUAAUUACUGAGUCCAGAAGUCUGAGCCUCUGAUUUGAUCACUUAUGCAAAAGUAAUCGUGUUUUUCAUUUUUAUUUUACAAUUAAUAAACAAAUUAAUAAUAAAAAUAAACACAACGUUCAUUAC